CUCUGACACGCGCCAUGUUCGCUAAGGUUAUACUUCUCACCGGCCUGGCUGGACUAGUGGCCGUCAGGGCCGACAAAAGACCUGACAUAUCAGGUUACCAAAUCCAGGAACCUGCAGGUUACCAGAUCCAGGAACCGGCAGGUUAUCAGGUUCAGGAUUCCUCUGGCUACCAAGAAGAGUCCCGAGAGUCCUACCAGCCUCCAACAUACACGCCAGCUCGUACAGACAGCUAUGAGGAGGGAAUGCCGUUCAAGUACUCUUAUGCCGUACUGGACCAGUACAGCGGCAACGACUUCGGCCACAACACGAACUCCGAUGGCAAGGUGACCACCGGUGAGUACCGCGUCCUCCUCCCCGACGGCCGCACCCAGAUUGUCACCUACACCGCCGAUAACUACAAGGGCUACCAGGCUGAAGUUCUGUACGAAGGGGAAGCGAGAACCUACAUACCCCAGCCAUCCUACAACCAGCCCCAGCAUGCGUACGGCGCCCCUAGCUCUUCUGAUGACUCAAUCGAACAAAACUACCAGGCACCUCAACAGACAUAUGAAGCACCACAGAACAACGUUUACAAUGCGCCAGAAUCAAGAGAAAACUACAGAGCUCCUGAAAUCCAGAGAUCGAAGGAGGUAGAGACGCAGCAGCGCACUUACGAACCUCCAAAAGUUCAGCAAACUUAUAAGGCUCCAGAAUCAAGAAAGAAUUAUGAAGCCCCAAAAUUACAGCAGGCGUACAACCCACCGAGAAUCCAUAAUACUUACAAUGCCCCUGAAUCGGAGGAGAAAUACGAAGCACCAAAAGUUCAACAAACUUACGAGCCACCAAAAACCCAACUGACUCACAAAACUCCAGACUCCGAUGAGAAGUAUGUAGCUCCUAAGCCUCAGCGAACUUAUUCAGCACCUGAACCCCCACGAACUUACGAAGCAGCAGAAUCUUCUGAGAAAUAUGAAGCUCCAAAGGUUCAACGAACGUACGAAGCACCCAAACCCCAACGAACGUACGAAGCCCCUAGAGCGCAACAAACAUACGAAGCACCUGAACCUCAACGCAGUGAAGCCCCCAAACCCCAACGAACGUACGAAGCUCCUAAGCCCCAACGAACGUACGAAGCUCCUAAGCCCCAACGAACGUACGAAGCUCCUAAACCUCAACAAACUUACGAAGCUCCUAAGCCUCAACGAACGUACGAAGCUCCUAAACCCCAACAAACUUACGAAGCUCCUAAGCCUCAACGAACGUACGAAGCUCCUAAGCCUCAACGAACGUACGAAGCUCCUAAACCCCAACAAACUUACGAAGCUCCUAAGCCUCAACGAACGUACGAAGCUCCUAAGCCCCAACGAACGUACGAAGCUCCUAAACCCCAACGAACAUACGAAGCUCCUAAACCUCAACAAACAUACGAAACCCCCAAACCACAACAAACAUACGAAACCCCCAAACCACAACAAACAUACGAAGCCCCCAAACCACAACAAACAUACGAAACCCCCAAACCUCAGCAAACUUACGAAGCCCCUAGACCCAAACAAAGUUACGAAGCUCCUAAAACUCAGCAAACUUACGUAGCACCCGAUUCAGAGGAAAAAUAUGUGGCGCCAAAGAUCCAGCAAACUUACGGGACACCAAGAAUUCAGCAGACCUACAAAGCUCCGGAAUCUGAGGAAAAAUAUGAACUGCCGAAAAUUCAACAAGCCUAUGAAGCUCCAGAAUCUAAAGAAAAGUACGUAGCACCACAUAUUCAACAAACGUACGGACCUCCAAGAAUUCAGCAAACCUAUAAAGCUCCGGAAUCCGAAGAAAAAUAUGAAGUGCCGAAAAUUCAACAAACUUAUCAAGCUCCAGAAUCUGAAGAAAAGUAUGUGGCACCUCAAAUUCAACAAACUUAUGGACCUCCGAGAAUUCAGCAGACUUACAUGGAUCCGGAAUCCGAUGAGAAGUACGCCACACCAAACCUCCAGCUCACAUAUGGUCUUCCGCAAGCGAAAAGGACCCACAAAACUCAAAUACCAGUGGAGAGUUAUGAGGCUCCGGAAUCUACUCAAUCGUACCAGGCUCCCCAACAGUCUUAUGAGCCCCCAUCAGCAACAUAUGGAGUCCCAGACAGAAGUGACGAAAAGGACCGUCAGAUGAGCAGAGACGACCUCCCAAGCAACACCUACGAGGUUCCCGACAACAGCUACGAGGCUCCAAGCAACUCGUAUGGACCUCCCAAGCAGUCUUAUGGCCCUCCGAUGCGAUCCUAUGGACCUCCUAGCCUAACAUACGGCGCGCCAUCUUUUUGAGUUCAUCUUCUUGCAAUGCCAUGAUACGUUUCUUUGAAUCUCAAAUAAAUUAUUAUCCUCUUCUAC